GCAGAGCCGCUGGACUGGACCCACAGCAGCGUCCUCGGCCUCCAGCGGUCGCACUCGCUGCUGAUACGGAGGAACCAGAGGGUGGCGGCCGAGGCGCCUCGGGUGCAGGGCGGCGCCACGCCCCGGCGCUCCAUGAUCCGCGCAGAAGCACCGUCCACGGCGUCGCCGGCGCAGCAGCGGACCGUCUGA